AUGGCAAGAAAGAUAUCGAGAAAAGGUUCAAGGAAGGGAUCGCGGAAGCCAGAGAGAGCUCAGUACCAGAAAAAUGUACCCGAGCCCGAGACGCUGGUCAAGCAUCCUAUGGAUGAGCUUGACAGCGCUUUUAGCCCUACUCCCACCAACACUGAGGAACACUUGUCACCGCAACCUCUUAAGACCAUAAAUGAAAUCGAGGACACUGACGAGAAAUACGACGAGGACAAGACCGUUCACGACCACAUCAAUGACCACGCAGACGAAGCCGAAGAGAAGAUGCAAAUGGGUGAAAUAAAGGACGAUCAAGACGAAGCCGAGGCCGAUGUUGAUGUUAAAGAAGGCGAAGUGAAAGAGGAAGAGCCGGACGUCAAGGUAGAAGGUGGUAACAGGGAGGAAAAAGAGGAGAAAGAAAACGAAAGAGAAGAAGGCGAGCUAGCGGAAGGUGGUCAAAUGCCUGACGAUGAAGUAAAUGAGGUGCCUGAGGUUAAGGUGCCCGAAGUCAAACUACCCGACGUCGAAAGAAAGAUGGCGAGACAAAGGAUGACGAUCAUCAACUACAUGAGGUACAAGUUGCUGAGGUUAAUGCACCUGGGAUCGACGUGA